AUGGAAGAAUCCGGCGGCUGGAAGAGGGGCCGCGACGAGGGAGGGGAGGAGGGGAGCUCGCCGGAGGCCAAGCGCUUCCGCGACGAUCUCCUCCGCAGCAUCCUCGAAGGCGACGACGACGCCUCCGGAAGCGAGGUUGCUUCCGUCAUGAAAAGUCUCGAGGAGGAAAUCUCGCUCCCCUCCGCGCCGGUCCCGGGAUUGGCGGCUUCCGACCAGCCCGACUUGGGGUACCUUCUCGAGGCCUCCGACGACGAGCUCGGCCUGCCGCCGGCGGCGUCGAGCUCGUCAGGCGAAGGGUGCGGCGCCUCCGAGGCGGCGAUAGCCGUCGGAGAUGGGGGAGAGGUGGAUGGCGUUGAGUUUGGCCAGAUCUGGGGGUUCGCUGACGAGAUGGACGGAUACAGUGGUCUCGGGUGCGGGAUCCGGCCUGAGGAUAAGGUGGAGGCGGCGGCGGCGGAGGGCCUGGUGUACGAUGCUGGGCUCUUUAAUUACUCCGACGAUCUUUACGCGCCGUCCGAUUUGCCGGAGUUCUCGUGGCGGUAUUGA